GGGUGGUGGUGGGGGCUGUUGGGACUUGUUUUGGCUCAGGCCACCUCGCAGCAGACUUGAUUCGACGGGAAAUGUGCCCCUGCCUGCCAGCCUGCUUAGCCCGCCGCCCUCUUUUUCGCCUGGGACUGGGCUGCUGCUGACUGCUCCCGCCAGGUGUGCGUGCGUGUCUGCGAAAGAGAGGAGUGAGCAAUCGCAGGAGGGGGGAGGGGGCUAAAGGCAGGCGGGAAGGCCAAGGAGAAUGAUCAACAGGGACGGGACAAAAGUUGGCAAACUCCGGUGCCGCUCCAUAUGGUGUGGGGGAUUGAUUGCUCCUUCUGACCCAGAGUCGGAUUGUGGAAUUUGCCCAUCACCUGAGCGGCUCAAGCUGGAUAAUCUAAACUUCACACAAAACAAGAUGGCCCAAAGAUGCUUAUCGUCACACUGAGGAGAAGACUCAGAGAAGAAUUCACCCAAUUAGAAGUGUUUAUCCCAUUGGUGCUACCUGUGGCUCUUCAGUAUGACAGGGCCUGAGAAUACGGCCAGCCAGAUCCAAAGCCUCUCUGGGGAUGAAGAGGAAGAAAGUGCACUAUGGGAGAAGAUUGAGAGCGUGCGGCACCAUCUAACCCGUUCUCUGAACCCAGCCAAGCUGACCCCGUACCUGCGCCAAUGUCGUGUGAUAGAUGAGCAAGAUGAAGAGGAGGUGCUGAGUGCCUUCCGGUUUCCAUGCAAGAGCAACCGCACAGGACUCCUCAUUGAUAUCCUUCGAAGACGAGGGAAGAGAGGCUAUGAAGCAUUCCUAGAGUCCUUGGAGUUCUAUUAUCCUGAACAUUUCACCCGAUUGACAGGGAAGCAGCCAGUUCAGCGUUGCUCUAUGAUCCUGGAUGAGGAAGGCCCUGAAGGCCUGACCCAGUUCCUGAUGAUGGAGGUGAAGAAGGCCCGGAUCCAGCGGAAAGGCCACCUAGCAAAAGAGCACCAGCUCCACGCAAACAACCAGGCCUUGGAGGAGGAGUGCGCUGAGCUAAAGCAGCAGCUCCAGAAGCUGCAGAAGCUGCAGGAGCGUUGCCAGAGGUUCCAGGAGGAGUGGGAUUCCAACAGCAUGGAGCUGCUGAGGUUGAAGGAUGAAAACUAUAUGUUGGCCAUGCGCUAUGCACAGCUGUGUGAGGAGAAAAAUGCUGCUGCCCUGCGGAGUCGGGACCUGCAACUUGGGGUGGACCAGUUGAAAUGCAAGGUCAGCAGCCUGGAGGAAGAGUGUUCCCUGCUGAAGAAGCAGGCCUUGGGAGCUCCCCAGCGAGAGGCGGACGAACAUGGCCUUGCCGACACCGUAUCUGAGUUGCUAGCAGAGAACCAGCGAUUGAGAGCAUCGCUUCAGGAGCUGCAGAGCAUGGUGCAGACGGCAGGUGAAGGCCAGGUGCCAGACUCCGGGAGGAUCCUUUUAGACAUUCUGGAGCAUGACUGGAAGGAAGCACAGGCUGACCGGCAGGAACUGUGUCAGAAACUAGACUCUGUGCAAAAUGAACUGCACUGGGCAGAGGAACUGAGAGAUAAGUACUUGCAAGACAUGGAGGGUCUGCAGCUGAAGUUCCAGACUCUGCAGAAGAACUGUGACCUGUACAAACACAGGAUGAAUACCGUGCUGACUCAGUUAGAGGAGAUCGAGAAGGAAAGGGACCAGGCAAUCCAGAACCGAGAUGGCAUUCAGCUGCAAUACUCCCAAAGCCUCAUUGAGAAGGACCAGUAUCGCAAGCGUGUUCGGACCCUGGAGGAGGAGAGGGAUGAGUUGCUGAGCCAGCUUACUCAGACGGAGGGCAAGAUUAGCACUCUAGAGGCUCAGUUGCAGCGGUGCCAUUGUGCCAAGAACUUGGGCAAGAAGAUGUGUGUCUCCUCCCAUUCGCUCUGUUCCAUCCUAAGCAGUACUUGGAGUGUGAUAGAGAAACCUUCAUCCCUGGAGGAUGGGGUUGUGGAUACCCCAGGUGUUUCAGACAUCUUCUUUCCUGAGGACUUCAUGGACCAGAAUAUGGAAAUGUCUCCCGAUAGAGAGAAGGAAAUCAACCGGCUUUCCAUCUUUCCCUUCCCACCCUGUGCUGGCUCCAUAAUUCGACGGCUGCAUGAAGAUCGACUGACGCCCAUCAAGAGUCAAUCUUGUGGGUCCUUGGGCAGCAUGGACGACUUAACAGGAAGUGUCACUGCCACCGUCUCGUCUGCCAGAUCUCCCUCCUCUUCUGGCACCAUGCACACGAGGGCAAAGUCAGAAAUGUGCUUGUCCAGCACUUCCAACCGGCGGGCGUUUUCCAGGAGUUCUGUAAUGGUGCACUUGUCUAGCAGAGGUAACCUGAGCAUUCCGGCUCUGCAAGGCAGGGGCCUUGUUGGGGACAUCUCCAUCCUGGGAGGAAACAGGACUGGGAUCUACGUCCAGUGGGUGAGGCCUGGCUCGGAACCCGAGAAGGCUGGGCUCCAAGAGGGAUGCCGACUGCUAGAGCUCAGGGGGAUGCAGCUGAAUGGGGAGGUGCUUUCCCUGGAGAACUGCACACGGGAGGUAGCUCACCUGACCCUCUUGCACUGGGAUGACCCAUCUGCUCUCUCUUUCCUGCCUGAUAUGAAAGGUUACCAGCCUCUCAAACAAGCACUGGAUGCUGGGAAGAAAAUCCCUGGUGACUCAUUCUAUGUGCGUGCCAACCUGAGCCUCCUGGAGCUUGGCGACGCAAAUGCCCUGUGUGUCAAGUGCCGAGAGAUCCUCCACGUCACAGACACCUUGCACAAGGGGCGGUUGGAGUGGUAUGGUGCCCGAGUGGAUCCCUUCACCCUUCGGGACUUGGACAGGGGCACGGUCCCUAAUUACAGCAGGGCUAGCCAGCUUUUGAAGGUACAGGAGAAAGGACAAGUAGUGGCCCAGCAAAAAGGCUGCAGGACAAAGCUGAAGAAGCGGGCCCUAGUCCAGUUUCGUUUGGGAAAACGGAAGCAGCAGCAGGGACAAGGCAAAGACCCUUGGCCGGAUGCUGACCCAGAUGGAACUGCAAAGCCCUACAGUCUGGUACGCCCUCUGGUGGUUCAGAGCCGUCGUCCUGUCAUGCUCUCGCCUGUCUGCUUAGCACCCCAGCUCAUUAGGAAUCUUCUGGACCUCCCUUCCUCCCAUCAAGACUUCCAUUUGUGCCUGGCAGAUGCCCUCACUGAAGAAAGACUCUCCUCUGCCUCCUCCAAGCAUAUUGUGAAUGCUGAUGGGAUCUCUCAGAGCCAGAGGAAUAGUGGGAGGAUCCACACCAUCCAGGAGGCCAGUGAAAAGAAUAAACACAGCCUGCUAGAGCUGGAGGUCCAGGUGGUGAAGGAUCUAAUUAAACGUGAAAUAUACCCCAUCAUUAUCCAUGUCGAGGUCACUGAAAAGAACAUCAGGGGAAUCAGGAGCUUGCUGGGGAAACCGGGGCUGCGAGAUUCCGAGGUGCUGAAGCAGUUCCGGAGAGCAGAGCUGGCCCUCCCCACCUUGCCCUGCUCCUGGGCGUGGGUGGAUCCGCAGUCCUGGGGCAGUGCAGAGGAGCUGGUGAAGGUGGUGCGAGCCCACAUCUUCCAGGAACAGAACAGGAUCGUGUGGGUGGAAGACAGCGAAAUGUGACGGGUGCCACUGCAGCGAAGGUGGCGUCCUUUCUGAAGCAUCUCCAAGUGGAAGAGUUGCCUCUGCAGGGCAGAAGCUUGGACUCCGUGGUCUCCUUUGGAAUUCGUCCCAACAUAUGACAUGCUCCACACCCCAUGCACAUUUAGGAACACAAGAAGCAGCCAUAUACCGAGUCAGACCAUGCUGGGAAGUGAACCUGGGACCACCUGCAUGUAGGAUGCUCUACCAUUGAGCAAUGGCCCCAUCCCCUAAGGGGAAUACCUGGCGGUGCUCACAUGUAGUCACCCAUCCAAAUGCAAACCAAGUCAGACGUUGCUUAGCCAAGGGGACAAUUCAUGUUUGUUACCACAAGACUGGCUCUCCUCCCCUAUCUGACUUGGCCAAUCUGACUUCUUUGGAAAGUACCACUCAAUUCCCCCACCUUUUAAUCCUUCCUCGCUGGCAGUCUCAUUCAUCCAUCUCAUCUUCUUUUCUCUUUCAAGGCCCUCUUCCUUCCCCAUGUUACAGUCUGUGCACAGUGUAUUCAUGUAUAGAUCUGUGCCCAUGUACAGUUAUUGAUGUACUAUAGUCAAUACACAUACAAUAGUGCACUUCCUACCUGUACCCUGCAUUUGAGGGGGCCUUCCCCAUGUUCUCUGUGGGCUUUUGUCUCUACCUCUUCACAUCCCGAUGGAAGUGGGUGGAGGAUGCUUUCUUGUGCAUACAUGGUGACGCUCACAGCCCCUUCAGCUGGAGCAGCAGUAAGUGGGCUUGUGAGACAUCCUCGUUGCAAGCUUUAUGGUGAAUAAAUUAUACAUGGA